UAUAUGAAUGUGAAGGUACAUGUGCUUUUACUACAGUAAAUCAGCUGGUACUGUCGCGCGAAAUAUCCAGACGGUUCUAAUAAUCUGCUAAUAGUACACAUAGUGAAAGCAGUUUGAUAAGGUAGAAUGAAACAAACUGAGUUGGUGAGAAAUACAGACAACAGGGAAGAGAAAGGAAGAAAUAAGGAGUGAUAGCCACAUUUAUCUGAUAUAUUAAAGUGGCAGAUAAACUUCGCUCCGAAAUACAAACACACACACAACCACCUGCUUCCACACAGAGAAAGGCAGAAAAGAAAGAAACACAAGCACUAAAUGCGAAUGGAUAAUUCUUAGACAUUAAGAUUAGCAACAGUAGUAGUUGGAACAGCAUGGGACAGAGAGAACGAGAAAAUAAUAACGAAAUAGAAUCAAUGGACCAGUAUUAAAUCAGCUGAUGAAAGAACUCUUAACAUAGUUCGAAUCCUGCGGAUCUGAAACACUGUUCGCCUAAUGAACACAGAUUGAAACCUGUUUGAAUCUACGAAAUCUUCACACUGCCAAUCAAAAUAAUACAACUACUUCCGAUUAUCAAGAUGACUGAACUAAAUGAGUCAUGGAACUAUAAGAAAUGGACAUCUCUAUCCUACACUACCAUGAGUAUAUCUGAAAAUGAUCAACAGAAUUUUAAUAACUCAUCAGCCGAAAGUGUUCAUGAUAAAGCUUAUUCAAAAACGGUGCGGCUCACGUGUCUCUAUAUAAUGAUUAUCGGAGGUAUAAUUGGGGGAUUUCUUUUGUUAAUAUGGGUGAAAAUGAACCGUCGAUGGAAGUCUCGAAUCAAUAUUCUAAUUCUUAACCUUUCAGUUGCUGACUUAUCUGUCAUUUUCUUUGCUUGCACACCACAGUUGGUAUGGGAAUACGUUGACCGCGAAUGGUUUGCAGGUGCUUUCAUGUGCAAACUCGUUAAAUUUAUGCAGAGCUUUUCUAUGAUGGCCAGUACAAACAUGUUAAUUGUUAUUGCAUUGGAUCGUCACCAAGCAAUUAGAGCUCCCCUACGAAAGCCUAUAACGAUCUGGAAAAUGGCUGGAGUGGGCUGGAUUGUUGCAGCACUUGCAUCCCUACCAAUGUUAUUUGUAUUUGUACACGUCGAACGAAAUGGACAACAUCGUUGUGAGAAUAUCUUUCGAGACAAACCAAAAUUACACCGUCAAAUAUUUCUCACUUAUGUAGCAUUUAUGGUCUUCUUUAUACCUUUGAUAUUCUUAAUCGUGUUCUACGCAAGAAUAUUUCUCAAAAUAGCUCAAAAGGCAACAGAGAAUCAAUCUUGUAACAAUACUACAAACGGAAAACCUGGAAAAGUACAUCUACAAAGCACUAAGUCAAGCUCUCUUCCGAAAGCAAAAAUCAAGACUUUGAAAAUGACACUUGUUAUUGUGUCUAUGUAUAUUAUUUGUUGGCUACCCUAUUUUACAGCUGAGAUGAUAAUGUCUUAUGGAAACCAUGAAAUUAUAUCUCCCACUUUAUAUUCCAUUUUAGGUGGUAUUGCCCCGAUUAAUUCGGCGGCUAACCCUUAUAUAUUCCUCAUAUUUAGUAUUAAUUAUAAAACACUUAAUUGUCCAAAAUGGAGAAGAGUUACAUAUACAAAUCCAGAUUCUACUAGAUCUCACUUCAUAAGUUCAAGCCGUAUUGAGAAGUCAGAUUGUUACAAAGAACACUACACAAGGGCGUGUCCCACUAUCACAGUAGAGAUGACAACUUUGGAAAAUUAGACAAUAAUAUAAUAGUAGCUGUCUUAUAUUAAACUAGUUACGAAUUCCAGUAUAUUUAAUAUAUGAUAUAAGUGCGUGUAUGUGUAUUAUGUGUGCUUGCGUGUGUGUCUGGGUG